ACAAAUUAGGUUCUUUCUCUGAUCAUAUCAUUAUUCCAUUAGAUUUCUGCAAAAACCCUUAUCGAUUACAAAGAGCGAAUGCUUUCCGCCUCAUCCAACACCGCAAAAAUCUCGGGGAUAAUCGGGUUUCUAUUUUCCAGUUCACUGUGUUCGUCGCAGUUGCUGUGCUAUAACAUAACAGUGUGUUUCUGAGUGAAGAGAAAUUGGAGACAAAAAUAUGGCAUCUUCUGAUGAUGAAGGCGACGUGGUAACAACCACUGUGUCUGAUUAUGAAUUUACCGGUGGCGUUGAUGAGGAACCGAUUUCAUUUGCCAAGUUACCUGUGGAGUGGAGUGAAGGAAACACUGGUGAUGGAAAGCAACUACAGAUAUACUUGCGCGGAAAAACAGAUAAUGGGCUUCGCACAAUUUAUGUCCAGGUUACCGCUUGGAAGUUUAAUCUCUUAAAGGGGAAGCCUGAGAUCUCAGUGUUGCAAGCGCAGGGUAGUUGGAUCAAGCUUCUGAAGCCAUGGAAACCUUAUUACGAGAUAAUCAGAACGGCUCUGGUCACAGUAUAUGCUUUACACUUUGCUAAGUGGAAUCCUCAGCGGUCACAAAAAGCUUUGUGGGAUAAUCUUAAAGAUACUUUAAGCAUGUUUGAGAGAACGCCCUGUGUGGAUGAUCUGGCAGAUCAUGUACCAUUAAUUACAGAAUCCAUUAAGUGGGAUACAGAAUUGGAAAAUUCCAAGCUUUUGAGUGCAUUCCUUGCGGAAAAACCUUGGGAGAAGAAAACUUCCAAUGAGAAUGUAAGGCCUUCCUUCAUAGUUGAUGAUACCAAUUGGAAGGAGGUUCAAGGGGACUCUGAAGAGGCUGAUAAAAGUGAAGAUAGUGAGCCUGAAGAGGGGGACAAGGCUGAUGAAAAUGAUGAUAGUGACUCCAAUGAGAGUGACUGUUUUGAUUCUGUGUGUGCAAUCUGCGAUAACGGCGGUGAUUUAUUCAUUUGUGACGGCAAGUGCAUGAGGUCAUUCCAUGCAACUGUUAAAGAUGGUGAGGAUUCCCAAUGUCUCUCUCUGGGGUUGACUAAGGCAGAACUAGAAGCGAUAAAAAAUGUUCCUUUUAUUUGUGAUAAUUGCAAGUAUAAAAAACACCAAUGCUUUGCAUGUGGAAAAUUGGGAUCUUCUGAUGAAUUAUCCAAUCCUGAGGUAUUUUGUUGUGUUAAUGGAGCUUGUGGGUACUUCUAUCAUCCUCAUUGUGUAGCUACUCUUCUCCAUCCCGGGGAUGAUGCUGCAACUGAAGAACUAGAGAAAAGAAUUGCAAAUGGGGAACCAUUUGCAUGUCCUAUUCACAAAUGCCAUGUUUGUAAGGAAUUAGAAUUGAGGUCGACCCACGAAAUGCAGUUUGCUGUGUGCCGUCGCUGUCCAAAGGCAUAUCAUAGAAAAUGCUUACCAAGUGAUAUUAGAUCUGAAGAUGAUUCUGAGAAUGAGAUUGUUCAAAGAGCUUGGGAGGGUCUGAUACCUAAGCGCCUAUUGAUUUACUGCUUAGCUCAUGAUAUCGACGAAGAUAUUAUGACACCUCCUAGAGACCAUAUAGUAUUCCCUGGCUCUCGACAAGAGAAAAAGAAAAUGCUCGAGUUGGAAUCCAGUCAAUUUAAGCGUCUACCAAAGGGAAAAGGUUUAGCUUUCAAAGACAAUUCAGGGAAUAGAAUUUCUGAAAAACAACAAAAAGGGAAUGGGGCAAAAGGUGUUGGUCUAUCUAGAAAAAGAUUGAAGGAGCUUCCUACUUCAUCUUCUAAAAAGCAGAAAUUAGCCAAUACAAGAAAUUAUCAGCGACAGUUUAAGCGAUCUUUAAAUGAUGAAGGAAGAAUACCUUCAGUUGACAGGUCAUAUGCCACCUUUUCAGAUACAGAAUCUGAGCCUCUGAAUCCACGCAGUGUGGCCACUGGACAUGCCGAGAAUACUAAGGAGGUCAAGCCAAAUGGGAAAACAACAGAUAAUACUUUUACUCUGGAUGCUGAUGCUAAAAGAAGAGUAUUGACUUUGAUGAAAGCUGCAUCAUCUUCAGUAAAACUUGUAGAUGUUAAAAGAAGGCAUAAACCACCAUCACAAGCCCUGUAUUCAAGAUUUUCUACAGAUAAUGUUACAAUGGGGAAGGUGGAAGGCUCUGUUCAGGCUGUGCAUGCUGCACUCAAGAAAUUGGACGAAGGCAAUGUCCGAGAUGCUAAAGCAGUUUGUGGGGAGGAGCUUCUUCAGCAGGUGUUAAAAUGGAAGGAAAAGCUGAAAAUUUAUCUUGCUCCAUUCCUACAUGGCAUGCGCUAUACAUCCUUUGGUCGCCAUUUCACCAAAAUGGAUAAACUGAAGGAGAUAGCUGAUAUACUCCGUUGGUAUGUUCAAGAUGGUGAUAUGCUAGUUGAUUUUUGCUGUGGUUCAAAUGACUUCAGCUGCCUUAUGAAAGAGAAGCUUGAUGAGAUGGGGAGGGUAUGCUCAUUCAAAAACUAUGACAUCCUACAAGCUAAGAAUGAUUUUAAUUUUGAGCGAAGAGAUUGGAUGGGCGUUAAAAAAGAAGAGCUUCCAGAUGGGUCGAAGUUGAUCAUGGGGCUGAACCCACCAUUUGGAGUGAAUGCUGCACUUGCUAACAAAUUUAUUAGUAAGGCUCUUGAAUUCAACCCAAAACUAUUAAUUCUGAUCGUUCCUCGAGAGACACAACGGUUAGAUGAAAAAGUACCUCCAUAUGAUCUGAUUUGGGAAGAUGAUCAGAUGCUUGCUGGCAAAUCAUUUUAUCUACCCGGGUCUGUUGAUGUAAAUAACAAACAAAUUGAGGAUUGGAACAUUUGCGCACCAGUGCUUUAUCUCUGGAGUAGUCGUGCCUGGACCAGCAAACACAAGGCUAUUGCUGAAAGUCACAGCCACCAUUCUGGUGCUUUGAAGAACUGUAGAUUGGAUACGAAUCACAAUGAGCUGCACACCACUAACUCAGGACAGGUAUGUCAUGGUAAAUCUUCUUCUGCAAGAGGCGAAGAUAAACCUGCAGAUACACCUAAAUCCUUGGGGCAGAGUGCUGAGGAGAUUGCUCUAUGCCAUGGGGAAGUCUUGGACAACGAAACUGUAAGCCACUCGGAAGGUGUGCCUGGUGAUAUCAACAGCACACUUAAAGACCUGGAGCAGAAGGAGAAGGCAACUAUAAGCCGCAGCGAUGGUUUAUCACGCAAUAUCAACAGCUCAUCUACAAACCUGGAUAAGAAGGAGAGGAAGACUAUCAGCCACAAGGAUGAUUUGCCACACAGCAAGGGAGUGGGUAAAAGUCCCGCUGCAGUGAAGAAUCAUUCCGAGACAAGUCCCAAUAGUGUUGGGGGGAGAGAAGACAAGAAAAGAUCACCAAAUAACAUGUUUCCGAAGGACAGAUCAUCUGGCAGGCUUACAGUGCCUCACUGUCUGUCACCAGAUGUGAGUACUCGUGUGCAACCUUAUCCAACUGAGAAUCGUGAAACUACAUCACAGGUUCGUUCUGAAAGAGGUGAGCGUCAUCAAGUUGCACCGGUUCCUCUUGAACAGGGUGACCGUUGGCAGAGUAGACAAGUAGCUGGAAGGGAUGAUCAUCGUCAGCAGCAGUUGAGUCGGGGCAAGUUCCCAACACACCAGUCUUACUCUCAAGCAAAAGAUAGUGUGGAAGUGAGUGAUUUGUUGAAGAAAUACGGUGCUGAAGAACUUCAGCAUGGUAUGCGUGUUGAACAGGCUUACGACGCACAUCGCCUUCCUCAAGGACAGGCAUACAUCCCACAUCACCCUCCCCAACAUGAUAUUAGUGGCGGACAGGCAUACGCUACACAUCACCUUCCUCAACAUGGUAUGAGUGGCGGACAGAUACAUGAUGUGCAUCAACCUCAUCAACGUGGAUGUGAUUGGAGAAGCAGCCAGGGUUAUGCUUCUCCUGCUGCAUCUGUUCGAUCCUUGGGCUCUCCUGCUCCUCCUUACACAUCAUACUCUGGGGAUGUUCGAUCCAUAGGCUCUCCGGCUCCCCCUUAUACAUCUUACCCAGGAGAAAUGAAUGUCCGGAGAGCAGAGGUUCAUGAGUGGAGUCAAGAAAGUGCAGUUCCUCCUUACCAGGGUUAUUCGCAUCAGUACGGACUAGCAGGUGCCUCCUCAUCAAGUUAUGGGGAGAUGAGAGCACCCGCAGCGCAGCGAUAUGCAGCUCGGUUACAUGAGCCCCAUCAUGCAAGGAUGGACCCGAGACCUCCUCCGAGUCAAGGCCCUUUAGGUUUUGCUCAAGGUCCCUAUUAUCCUCACAACACUAACUCGGGCUGGCUUCGUGACUAACUCAUUAGUGGAUAACCUUUUAAAUACUACCUUAUCUCCUUUUAUAGUCUAGCCAUAUAUCAGACUUUUUUCUUACGUUUUUUAAUAGUUAGUUAUAUGUUGUCGAUAAAACGUGCGUUGUGGAGCUUGCAGUUUGACUGCUCAACUUUUGGGUUGUGAAGUGAGAUAAUGAUUUCAACUUUGCA